AAGCAACACACCUCAUAAUCAAACCAGACUGACAUAUUGGAAAUUGGCAUGGGUUGUGAUUCUGCACUCAAAGCAACACACCUCACAAUCAAACCAGACUGACAUAUUGGAAUGCACUGAGAUGAUUUGGAUUCUACUCAGUUUUCCCCCACCACACCAUAAGCCCUCAUUCCAUCACCAUUUGCACACAAGUCAACUCAGUGUGUAAACUCCCAUUGGAAUCAGCUGAGAUAGCUUCCCCUCUGCUAUUUCCAUGCAAACCUUGCUGCCUGCCAUAGGGAUGCAUUCAGAGGGUUAGGGAGCAUUGAUCCAGGCUUGUGAGAAUGCAGGAGCGUCACAAUCAGACACGCAUGCACUGAUGGCUUCUUGGAGGUUUCAAGCAGGCAUCUUUCCCAGCCCCAGGGACUGAACUUGGGACCUUUGGAGUGCAAAGCAGAUGCUCUACCCGUGAGCUAGGGCCACAUCCUUUGGUCACCAUAUAACAUCAUCAUGUUGUGCCUGGGUGUUGAGUCGUUCUCUCCAUACUGUAGUCCUUAAAAUAACCUUAUCAGGUGGGCCCAUAUCCAGUCUCAUUACAAAGCCCCCCUGUCAUCAGUGCUGUACUACUAAGCACACUUUCUCAACAGAGGCACGCCAGUAUUAUCUGCCCCUACAGGACAGUCUCAGUGACCUCUGAUAGCCUCCAGCGUUGUGCAAGGCCAGUCUGACAGAAACUGCACCCAAAUCCUAAUGGUCACUGACAUCCAGAGUAGCCUAACACGGGCACUCCAAAUAUCCCUCGGCUGCUACAGGGCUGCUGUGAAGUGUGGUUGGUUGGUGCACUUUUGUGCAAGAUUGCAGAUCCUUUUAGGAGCUCACCUAUGCUCCCGAAGUGUUGGUUUAAAUAGGUAAAUGUCUCUGAUGAUUAAGUGACGUGUUUCUGGUCUAAACAAACAUUUCCAGAGCUAGGGUGAGCAGCUCCUAAAAGUGGUUGAAAUAGACAGAAAAAUAGGGAUGAUCUGUUUAUGGAGCUGCAAGGAUUUAAAAACAACAACAACAACAACCCCUUCCUGUACUGCAAUGGAGGCAGAUCUGUUCCUUCUAUUAAGUCCUGAACAACCUCAUGUCGCAAAGAAACUUCCUCUAAUCUUGCAUUAUCAUGGAGAUCCUAAAUGGGUCAUGCAGCUGCCAUUGCUGCUUGCGUUUUAUUCUUCUGUCAGUGACUUGAUAUCUGCUGGUGUGCAGUUAUCUGCGUGUGAAAAGAUUAAAUGCGGCCUCCUUAUUGAGAAAAUUCAUCUUUAUUCUUUAAAGGGCAUAAUUAGUACCUCGUGGGGGUGGGGGAGGGGACCAAGAAUGCUAGACUCAAACAAGUUUUUAUUACACCCUUUAUUAUAGUUGCUGAUGUUUUGCUUUUCAACAAAAAUAUUUUUGAAGCGGUUUACAGAGAGAAAGAAUAAGAAAAAAAUGGUUCCUAGUCCCCAAAGGGCUCAUAAAAGGUUUUCUAAAGAGAGACACCAGCCACAGCCACUAGAGAGAUGCUGUGCUGAGUUUGAGGAGGGCCAGUUGUUUUCAAAGCUCCUGGUGCAGAUGCUCUCAGCCCCCCCUCCCCCCGCCCUCCUAGGCACACACAGGAACGUAGGAAGGUGCCUCUUUGCCCAGUAAGCAGGGGACUGGGCAAAAGAGGCCUUCCAUAGACAGCGGCUGACAUUCAGACUAGGCACGUGUGAGCCAGCUUGAUUUUAUCUAUCUAUUAAGUUUGUAUACCGCCCCAAACUUUCGUCCCUUUUGAGCCAUGUCAGCCACUCUGUAUGGAAGAUCUCUUUGCUUAGUCCCCUGCUUACUGGGCAAAGAGGCACCUUUCAAAGUUCCCCUUUACAAGUAUGCCCCCUGAGCCGGCUCAACAGCUGGACCGUCCCGGGCCCAGGCUGGUCCAGAUUCAAGCCGAACCAGGCAAUCCGGUUCCGUGCACCUCUGCCGUUCCGUGUAAAUGGUCUGCCCUGGAGAAAAUCCUCCGGGACCGUCUGCUCCUGGGUUUGGCGGAUGAGGCGGCACAGAGACGGCUCUUGAAACAGGAAAGCCUGUCGUUUGCGGAGGUCCUGAAGGAGGCCCUUGCAUCCGAAGCUGCGGAUUUGGGGGGUCAAGGUUUUUCGGCAGAGGGCUGCCGAGGCGAGCGCUGGGGGCUCCGCUGUACAAAAACAAGGAAGCCCAGAUUCAGCCACCGAUUCCAGCGAAGCUGAGGACGACGUAGGGAAGGUGCAGCGGAAGGAUAGCAGGGGCCCUAAGGGUCCCAUCGCCCCGUGUGAAGGGUGUCACAACCACCACGUGCGUGCUAAAUGCCCGUUUAAGAACGCUGAGUGCCACGGCUGUGGCAAACGGGUACAUAGCGAAAGUUUGCAGGCAGAGAGCUGAAGGGGGCCGAGGGGAUAGGCGCCGCCAGGGGAGAGACCAGUCCGUUUCCAAGGUAACAUUGGCUCGCCGGUUGGUUUCCAGAGUGCAGGCGGCUACAGAGAGAUUUGUGUGGCUGUUUCAAUUCAAGGAACGUCUAUCUCGAUGGAGAUCGAUUCGGGAACAUCUUACUCGAUCGUGUCACAGAAGGAUUUCCAGAAGAUUCCGCCUGCCGCCCGUCCCCACCUACGUGCGCUUAAGGUGUCCUUACGGGACGUGCAAGGGCGCCAUAUUCCGGUGUUGGGAAUCGGCACGUUUCAUGUAAAAUUCAAGGGGUUGUCCGCUCAGCUGCCUUAGUGGUUAAGUGGUUAAGCAGGGCAGAAAUAAUUUGUUUGGGGUCCAGUGGUUUGAGCCGCUGGGAAUUUCUUUUACAGGAAUCCAUGCCGUCGAGCUUGACCCUAUCCAAGAUGUCUGCGAGAAAUACAAGGUGGUGUUCCAGCCAGGAUUAGGAACCUUCACGGGACAACCCAUUGCGUUCGACUUAGACCCAGGGGUGCAGCCCAUCAGACUGAAGCCUCAGCGAGUUCCGUUCGCUCUAAAGGACAGGAUAGAGGCGGAGCUGGACAAAUUGGUCGCCCAAGGGGUCUUGGAACCAAUCGACUCCGCCCCAUGGGAAACACCGAUAGUGACGGUGCUAAAGGUGAACGGGGACGUUCGAAUUUGUGCGGACUACAAAUGCACUAUCAACAAGGCGAUUCGUGCAAAUGCAUACCCGGUCCCAGUCGUAAGUCAUUUGUUGGCCUCCUUGCACGGGGGCAAAUGUUUUGCUAAGUUAGACCUAGCUCAGGCUUAUCAGCAAUUGCCAGUUAUUCCUGAAGCGGCGUUUUGCCAGGCCAUAGUAACCCAUAAAGGAGCUUUUUGGGUUAAUCGUUUGCAAUUUGGGGUAAAUGCUGCACCCGGGAUUUUUCAAGCGUUAGUUGAGCGCCUGUUGAAAGGACUGGAUGGGGUGUUGCCAUAUUUUGAUGAUGUUCUCAUUGCAGCAGAAAACAAAAGGGAGCUGGCUAAAAAACUGGGGGAGGUUUUGCAAAGAUUUCAGGAAGCGGGGUUACGAGUUAAAAAAGAGAAAUGUGUUUUGUAUACCACGGAGGUAGAGUUCCUGGGUUUUAGGGUCACGUCUGAGGGAAUUAGACCAUCAGAGUCUAAGGUCAGGGCUAUCCGGGAGGCCCCCCGCCCCACAUCUAAAACAGAACUGCAGGCGUUCUUAGGUUUGCUUAAUUUUUAUCAUUCAUUCUUACCUCAGAAAGCGGAGUGGGCUGAACCGCUGCAUCACUUGCUUAAGAAACAAACUGUGUGGAAUUGGGGCCCCCGCCAGGAGGAGGCAUUCAAAAGGGUAAAAGGUCUCUUGACAUCAGAAGCUGUUCUGACUCAUUUCGACCCUAGGAAGCCCGUAUUGUUAGUAUGUGAUGCAUCCCCAGUAGGUGUUGGGGCUGUGUUGUGCCACGAUAUGGGUAAUGGGAAAGAGGCGCCAAUUGCAUUUUAUUCCAGGUCACUGACUCAGACUGAAAGGAAUUAUGCACAGAUAGACCGGGAAGCUUUGGCCAUCAUUGCAGGCACAAGGAAGUUCCAUGAUUUUAUUUAUGGGCGGAAAUUUACAAUUGUGUCAGACCACAAACACCUCCUGGGCAUUUUCGUUCAAGGGAAACAGACCCCUCAGAUCCUGUCACCCCGCAUGUUGCGUUGGGCGAUGUUCUUGCAAGCAUACGAUUUCAAUUUAAUACAUCGUCCUGGGGCAGCUAUCAGCCAUGCGGAUGCAUUAUCCAGAUCCCCCAUGCCCUCUGAGGUACUGGACGAGCCAGGCCACCAAGUUCUGAUGAUAGAGGCAUUACCUGGCCCUCCUGUCACGGCGGUAGAUAUAGCCCGAGAAACGGGCAGGGACCCGAUGUUGGCCAGGGUGCAAAAAUGGGUACAGCAGGGUUGGCCGGCUAAACCACCAGCAGACGAGUUCAGGGUAUUCCAUCAAAAAAAGGACAAGCUCUCUUUAGAGCAUGGCUGUUUGCUGUGGGGCCAGCGAGUUGUGAUACCGGAAGGGUUAAGGCAUAAAGUCUUACGGGUUUUACACAUCAGCCAUCCGGGAAUUGUGAAAUCCAAGGCAUUGGCACGAAGCUAUUUCUGGUGGCCCAGGUUGGAUCUAGAUGUAGGAAAAUGGAUAGGGCGUUGUGCAGAAUGCAAAGUGUUGAGGCCAGAAGAGCCCCAGCUGCCGCUCAGGGAGUGGGACACUGCAAGGGGACCUUGGUCCAGGAUCCAUGUAGAUUUUGCAGGUCCAUUCAAAGGUUCGAUGUUUUUGCUGGCUGUUGAUGCAUAUUCGAAAUGGCUAGAAGUCAUUCCAGUCGUUGGUACGACCUCUACCGGCACCAUAAGAAAAUUAUGGCAACUGUUCAGCACUUUUGGGUUGCCAGAUGUGUUAGUCACUGACAAUGCUUCUACGUUCAUGUAAGCAGAGUUCCAGGAUUUUUUAAGGAGGAAUGCAGUCAGGCACGUGACUUCGGCCCAGUUCCAUCCGGUGACAAAUGGGCAGGUAGAAAGAUUAGUAAGGACUACAAAGGAAGAGCUCAGGCGCAUGGGAGCAGGGAACUUAGAGCUGCAUCUGUGCCAGUUCCUCCUAACUUACAGGGUUAUGCCAUUGGCAUCGGGUCAGUCACCUGCAGAAGUGCUGAUGCGGAGACGACCAGUCACCUUAUUGGACAAAUUAGACCCAGGACGAUGGGAGGAUAGAGGUACAAACAUUGGCGUGGCAUCACCUAAGAGUUUUUUAGUGGGCCAGCCGGUCCACUGCAGGAACUAUGCCCCUGGUCCAGCCUGGACCAGGCCCUGUAUCUUAUAGAGUGCAAACAGAAUUGGGGCAAGUCUGGAGGCGUCAUGCCGAGCAAUUGCGGCAUCGGGUGCCCGGGGGUAACUUGGGACAGGAGAACGGGCAGGACAGUGAGUCGGGGGGUGGAAGCGAACAGGUGAUGACGCCAGCUGAAACACACCAACAAGAGGAAAUAAGUGAGGAGCAACCCGAGUCUGCAGAGGCCGCCAAUAGGGUACCUAUGGCAGUCCCAGCAACAGAGCUUAGGACAGAAGGGGCUGUCAACACGCCCUGACAGUCCAAAAGAGAGCGCAGGCCCCCGGGACAUUGGAAAGAUUACUUCGCCUUCUAAGGGGGAAGGGAUGUUAUGUCCAAGCAGUUAAGUAUCGCGAGAUUUUAAAUGUUGUUUGUUGCAUAAAGUUAAAUCACGAACCAAUCAUUGCAGAGCCCGUCGUUUUGUACUGGUUGGGGGGCUGGCUCUGCAGAGUAUAACUGUAGAGCUGGCUGCGACCAGCGUUGUUGUGUUGUGUAGUCUGAAGCAGAAAGAGCUGAAAUAAAAUCA